CUCAGACAGACAUGGUGUGUUCCCCGGGAGAGGGGAGCGGGUCCACUCCCGAAGGCGGACCUGGCGAGGAACCCGGAGCCACCACCGCGCCGGGAAGAAGGCGGGGGCGGUCAGGCCAAGCCGGCUCCUUAAAACCGUGUGCUUGGUAACACCGACACAGGGCUUCUGGAGAGGGUGGUGAGACCAAACAAGGACGAGCUCCAGAGGGAGGAGAGUCCCCCACCUGGCUUCAGCGUCCACACGGCACAGCCCUUCAUGAUCUCGAUGCAGAGGUCUCCAUGGCUGUGAUAAGCCUUCUGUUCUUGGCAGUGAUGUACGUGGUUCACCACCCCUUGAUGGUCAGUGACCGGAUGGACCUGGACACGCUAGCCAGAAGCCGGCAGCUGGAGAAGCGGAUGAGCGAGGAGAUGCGCCAGUUAGAGAUAGAGUUUGAAGAGCGGAAGCGUGCAGCGGAGGAGAAGCUGAAGGCAGAGAACUUCUGGAGAGGAGACACGUCAGAUGACCAGUUAGUGCUGGGGAGGAAAGACAUGGGGUGGCCGUUCCAGGCUGAUGGCCAGGAGGGGCCGCUGGGCUGGAUGCUAGGAAACCUGUGGAAUGCCGGCCUCUUUUGCUUUUUCCUCAUCUUCGAGCUCCUGCGACAGAACAUGCAGUAUGAGCCGGCCUUCGAUUCCAGCAGCGACGAGGAGGAGGAGGAGGUCCGUGUCGUGCCUGUCACCUCCUACAACUGGCUUACUGACUUUCCCUCACGGGAGGCCCUGGAGUCUUUUUACAAGCACCAUGUCCAGAAUGUCACGCGGGACCUGCCCUGCACCUGCGAGUUUGUGGAGAGCUUCGUGGACGACCUCAUCGAAGCCUGUCGGGUGCUCAGCCGCCGGGAGGCUCACCCACAGUUGGAGGACUGCCUGGGCAUCGGGGCUGCCUUCGAGAAAUGGGGAACCCUCCACGAGACCCAGAAAUUUGACAUCCUGGUGCCCAUUGUUCCCCCCCAGGGCACAAUGUUUGUGCUGGAGAUGCGGGAUCCAGCCCUGGGCCGCCGCUGUGGCUGCGUGGUGGUGGAGUCAGAAUGCGUGUGCAAGCGUGAGAAACUUCUGGGGGAUGUGCUGUGCCUGGUGCACCACCACAGGGACCACCAGGCCCUCCUGGGCAAGUGCAACAGCUCCAUCAAGGCGGCUCUCUGCACCGGCUCCCACCUGGACGUGUGCAAGACUGUCCAGUGGUUCCGGAACAUGGUGGGCAAUGCCUGGGCCCUCAUAGCCCACAAGUAUGACUUUAAGCUCAGCCUGCCACCGUCCACCACCUGCUGCAAGCUCAGGCUGGACUACCGCUCAGGCCGCUUUCUCUCCAUCCGCUUGGUCCUGGGGGUGCAACGGGAAGACACCUUGGUCUACCUGGUGAGUCAGGCCCCUGACCAGGAACAGCUCACCAGCGUGGACUGGCCUGAGUCCUUUGCAGCCUGUGAGCACUUGUUCCUAAAGCUGGUGGGGCGUUUUGCUCCAGAGAACACCUGUCAUCUCAAGUGCCUCCAGAUCAUUUUAAGUCUCCGGGACACUCAGAGUUUACCCCAGGGAGCAUCCCGUCCCAUCCUCACCUCUUACCACUUUAAAACAGCCCUCAUGCACCUGUUGCUCCGGCUGCCCCUAACAGACUGGCAGCACAGCAUGCUCUCCCAGCGGCUCCAGGACAUCCUCUGGUUCUUGGGCCGAGGCCUCCAGCAGAGGUCUCUCCAUCAUUUCCUCAUCGGUAACGCCUUCCUGCCCCUGACCAUCCCGAUCCCUAAGACAUUUCGGAAUGCUGAGCCUGUCAAUCUCUUCCAACACCUGGUGCUAAACCCCAUGGCACAUUCACAGGCAGUGGAAGAGUUCCACAACCUUCUGACCCAGGUGAAAACUCUGCCCUGUGCUUCGUUGGCUGGGGCACGUUAAUGUAUAGGCCAUUAAAAGGGGGAGAAGGUAUUUCUGAUUCCUCGGGCUACAGAAGAGUUUAUUUUUAAGACACAUCAAUGGUAUAUGUGACCUUUAUCUUGCCAGUGGGGUUAUGAUAGAUUAAGACAUUUUAAGGAGUACCUGAAGUGCUCCUGAGGAGGGGUCCAGCCUGCAGUGACUAAUCUAGGGUAGGUUUUCUGAGGUUUUCUCCCCUUGACUUAACUUGUACCAUGACCCAAAGAGGGCCCUUGGAAACAGAUGUAAUGGGAGGAUCUUGCUGCUAAAGAGUUGAGAUCCAGAGGGGGCCUGUGAAGUUGCGUUUUGUAGCAACACUGGAUGUGAAAGAGAACCAGAGAAUACCUCCAUUCCAGCUUGUUCCUUUUCGUGAACGACUCCCAGCACAUCCCUUGAACACUGGUUUCCUUACUGAACUCUUAGCCUAAUUCAAAACCAAGCUGGUAGCACUCCAUUUUAUCCCAAAUGCUGUGAUGGCAGUGUAUUUUAGGAUCUAACUUUUCAGACCUUCACUAUUUGAAGAUAUAACCAAGAUGUUUCUUUUCCAUUUUCUUAAUUUAGCCCUGUUCUCAUAAGAUAUGUGAAAUGUAAUAUAGUUGUUUUAUGCGUCUGGAAAAAACUCUAAUGCUACCCAAAUAAUUUAUCAGCAUUUAUCCACAAACAAGUAUUAAGUCAACAGUGGCCUGUUCCAUAAUUAAGAUAAUGUAUCUACUAAAAUUAAUGGCAUCGCCAACAUCUAAUAACCGCAAUUCCUGGAAACAUUAUAUUUUAUUUUAUUUUUAUUUUUAUUGUUUUUUUUAAUUGAAGUGGUCAGUUACAACGUGUCAAUUUCUGGUGCACAGCACAAUGUCCCAGUCAUGCAUAUAUAUACAUGUAUUCUGGAAGCAACAUUAUAAAACCCUAAGGGGGGACAAUUUUGGGGGGGUCUCUGAGAUGAACAAUGUUUCUGAGGGGAGCCACUUAUUUGUUAAAUGGGAGAAGGUUUAGCUACCAUGUGUAGCUGUGCUUUCAGUCUGGUAAUGCCUUUGUUUUCUCUUUUCAAUGAUGACAAAGGGAUUAUGUGAACUAUGUUUGUGGUUUUGCAAAGCGGGGUCAUUGCCAUCCAGGCCCAUUGCCAGGGCUGGACAGGAAGGGGCUGUGAAACAGUUCAGCUCUAACAAAGUCAUGAUGCUGGAGAUAUGAUUGGUAUAUUUCCCCUUCUUUUAAAUCCCUGGGCAUCCUGAGGAGGAGUGUUAAGAAAUGUGACUCUAGUUGUAGGUGUGGUUCUUUUGGAAAUACCAGUGCUGUUCCUACCCAGCACUGGCAGGAAGAUCUGCUGGAGAGGAGAACCUUGGCCCACAUUCAACUUGACCUCAGGUGGGGUUAGAUGCUGGCCUUAUAGGCUUUGGUUAUAGAAUCCACACUCUCCUCUUCUCCCCCAGCAAAAAUAUAUUACAAGUGUCCUAGAAACUGAUACCAGUCAACAUCUGGGGCUCCCACUGCUGCACAAUAACUGCUGUGUUCCCGUGUUGGCUGCUGGUAUCUACCAGGUACUGCUUUCAAGUUAAGAUGCAAUGAUGGUUGCUUCUGUGCUGGUGGGAUUUUGGUUUAAAAACAUCCGUAAGCUUUUUACCUGGAAAAUAAUUUGCUGGUGAUUUCCUUCCAAAUCAAUAAAGGAGAUUAUUUUUGGUGUCAGUUGGAA